AUGCUGAUAGGUAGUGAUAUGAUGUGCCUUGAUCCAACCAGACGUUGGGCCAACUGUCCGGGCAUACCCUACGCCACACCCCCAUUGGGGGACUUGCGGUUUAGGCGCACAGUUCCCAUAUAUUACAAUGAAUACAAAACAAUAAACGCCACAACAUUUUCAAACAUUUGCCUACAACACGGAAAUGCAAAUGAAAACGAGGAUUGUCUGUAUCUAAACAUAUGGACCCCAACAUUGAAUCCCAGUGCAAAUAUGCCCGUGAUGAUUUGGUUAUACGGGGGAGGGUUUACCAUCGGGGCCGGCAGUAACUUUGACGGCCAACAGUUGGCCAUAAGAGAUGUUGUUGUGGUUACUAUGAACUACAGGUUAGGUGUGUUUGGUUUUAUGUGUACCGAUAGGCCGGAUGCUCCCGGAAAUGCCGGUCUCUGGGAUCAGGCGAUGGCAAUGAAUUGGACGCAACAAUAUAUCACACAUUUUGGCGGAAAUCCCAAUGAUAUUGUAAUGUUUGGUCAGAGCUGUGGCAGUUCAAUGUUGAGCAACAAUUUUGGCACAAGGUCUGCUAACCUUCAAAUUGCUAAAUUUGUGGCAAUUGGCAAAAAUCUGACAUCACGGCAAGUCGAUGGUCUCAUAGCCAAAAGGUUAGCCAGUUUUGUGGGCUGUAAUAUACACAAGGAUUACGUGCAAUGUUUGCGGCAAAUGUCUGGACAAGGGUUAAUUUUGGCUCAAAACAAGUCUUUGCUCUGGAAUAUAGGCAUUGAAAAGACAAUACAACUCAUAUCCGAUAUCUACCCCUUUUCUGUGUGUUAUGGCGAAGAGUUUUUGCCCCAAAGUCCAGUCCAGUUAUUAAAACAGCGCAAUUUCCGGCCCGACCUACAGGUGCUUAUGGGCCACGAGAUUAUGGACGGGACCAUUUUUACGCCUAUUUUUAACUAUGUUAUCCCUACGGGCAGUCAAUAUGUGCCGUCCGUACCAUUUGCCUACAUCAACAAACACAUUGCUUACAGUAAUUUACGGACAUUAUUUGCAAACACUCCGUACCCGAAAGAAUUGGCCCAAAAAUAUACGCAAACAUUUAGCAAUUGGUAUAAUAUUAGCCAAACUAAUGAUUUGCGGGCGACUGUAGUUCAGUCCCUAUCCGACUAUCGGUACACCUGUUCGACGUACUGUUCCGCCAUGUUUUAUGGAUAUAAGAAACACUGGAAUCUAGCCCUAAACCAACUAUAUAAAAGAUAUGGUCCGGUUAUUACCAUAUGGAUUGGCCCGUUUCCCUUUGUAUUUAUUGCGGAUACUGAACUGGCACGUGAGGCUUUUGCCCAGGUAGAGCUAAUUGGUAGACCACAGUUUGCACUAGGCAAACUAUUUUGCAACGAUAAAUACCAAGACAUUGCCUUUAAUGAUAACUACUUGUCGUGGAUGAGCCUCAAAAACGGCGCCCUUCCGGCUGUCAAGAGAUUUGCAAAUUCGGAUGAAUUGUCACAAAUAGUGGACUCAACUGUAGCCGACACUAUAAAAACAUCGGCUGUUUUCAGUAAAAAGUUUGAUAUAAACGGACCUGAAUUUCAAUGCUUUAAAUACUGUUCAAUUGAUUGGCUAUCAGACGUGGGAAACAAUUAUUACAUUUAUGAAUUCAUACCGAUAUUACGUCAGUUUCGGGCCAACCCUUUAUCGCGUUAUUCGCAAUCAUUUGACGAAUGCAUGGCUUAUACGAGAAAUGUGUUGAAACAACACAACAAAACAUUUAAAUCCAAUAAUUUGAAGGAUUUUUGCGAUGUUUUGAUCGGCGCUAAGAAGGCGGCCGUCGAUGAAAACAGCUAUACAGCCGAGUGUUUCGGUGACGACUCACUCGUCGCUACACUUAAUGACCUGUUUAUCGUGGGAGUAACGACAACAUUAACAACAUUGCAAUGGAUGCUAUUAUACAUCGCGUAUAACCCGGAUGUGUGUGAAAAGUUGCAUGAUGAAAUCUGGUGCAGAAUCGGCGACCGGACGCCCAAUGCCGAAGACAGGGAUCAAUUAGAUUACGUGAUGGCGUUCAUAGCCGAGUGCCUUAGACUUAGAAACCCCACACCUGUUGGUCUAUUUCACCGAGCUAUGUCCGACAUUAAUCUAGGUAAUAAAUACCAGAUACCCGCUGAGACCAGUGUUAUCGUUCACCAGUACUCCAUACUUACUGAUGAUAAGAAUUGGGACAAUGCUGACCAGUAUGCAUCGGUCAAGUUUAUAUCUUAUAUGCCGUUUGGCACCGGCCGACGUCUGUGUCCAGGAGAACAACUGGCCGCCAAUCAACUGUUUAUGAUCAUGAUGUUCAAAUAA